AUGUCUGGAUGGAAUAGCGACCGACAAACCCGAAACGCAUCUGACCCGACAUCCGACGCUCAUGGCUCGCUGCAUUGCGAUCAUGUUGACGACCACCCGCCCUCUUCUUCGGUUGAUCCCGCCAUGGCUCCGUCUCGAUGCAACUUUCGUACCCACUCUGCCCUCUCUCUCACGCUCCACAAAGCAGAUCGUCACUUGAUUUACCCAGAGGGUGGCAUUGAAGAGCUGCAACGACUCGAUCCGAUGCUGAUAGCAGAGCAGAGAGAACAGCAGCGUCGAAUGCGCCAACAUCAACGCCGGAAUCCACAUCCCCUGCCUCUCCGACCAAAAAGAGCAUCUGCGCCCACCUUGGACCACGACCUAUCUGACCAUUCCGACCAAACGGACAGCGAUGAUGACGCUAGUAAUAGCGAUUCGGACAGCUCGUCUGACUCUCAGGAUGGGCCAGAUCAAUCAAUUCCGACCAAUCCGCAAGGCAGCGGCCGCGCACUUGAUGGGCCAGCCGAUGCCACCAUCUCUGGCCUCAAUAUCCAGCUUGAUUCGCCCGAGCUCAUCGCAGAGUGGAUCAAUCAGCGCAAAAAGCGGUGGCCAACACAACAGGUCGUGCAGGAAAAGCUCAAAGAGAAGGAACAAAGGCAGAAACGGAGUGAGGCGAUAUACGGCCCCCGCCCCGCACCCAUCCGCAAGAGGCAACACGAAGAGCUAACAAACUCAGUAGCAGGGCUUUCAGAAGUCGGAGAACAUGCUCAUAGGACCCCGACAUCUGCGUCCUACGAGAAGAAGCAGAGGCUGGACAUGGAAAGCGCAACGUCGGUCGAGCCAAACAGCAAGCUCAGCGCCACGGCAGACCAGGACACUGAAUCGGAUAAUGAUGCACCAGAAGAAGUAUCAUCCAGAGCGCCCGUUCCAUCUCUCGAGCAAGAAGCAGGCGUUUCCGCACCGGAAGCGCGUUCCAGCAAUCACCAGGACCGUCGUCCCAUUUGCACACACUUCUUGCAAGGUCGCUGCAACUACGGCGACCGCUGCAAAAAGCGACAUGAAACGAACACAACAGGCACCUCACAGCCGCAACAGCACAACCUGGAAAGAGCAACGCGACGACCUCAUCCCAGACCACCACCCAUCAAUCCCUUCGACCAACCUGAUCUACUUCGACAGCUACUCCGAAACGAGAUUGAGAAGCAUGUAGAUGCGGUGGGACAGGCUAUCCGAUUCAUCGUCGACAACGAUAUGCUUCUUCACGUAGAGACCGAGGAAGGGCAAGCAGAUGAGCAGAGGAGAAAGAGAAACAAGAUUCAGUUGCUACCAUCCGACGGUCACCAAGGUGUCGAUGCCAAGUCAGAGCACGGUAGUCCCGAGGCGAAGCAAGCCGAAGUGACCGCAGCCGUACCGUCGAUGCUCACAGAGGAGCCCACACUCAGCGAGCCAGUAGUUCCAGGCGGCAUGGCCGUGAUCAAUUCCAUGUUGCACCCAACUAGCUCUUCAGGGCAAGCGUCUCUCUACCGUCCCGCUUCACCUACGUUGCGCGCUCUCUCGGAACUCAAGUAUCCACCUGAACCCGAUCCGCUUAUCUUGCUCGACCCACUUCGUCGCGAUGAUCCCAAACCGCUGCUGCCCUCUCAACUUGUUCGCAUCGCCAAGGAUCCCGUCAUCCGUUCUGUUCUGACCCCUUCCACGCCACUUUAUCCAAAUGGCCACAAGCCUGCCUCGCUCGAACGUGCCAUCGUCUCACUCGACGCUCUGCCCACCGACCUCUACCGCAAUGCGGCGAUCGAGAUGAUACUCGGCAUCGCCACUUUUUCCUCGCCGGCGUCGUCUGCUCGCGGAGCUGGUCUAGUGGUAGUCUCAAAGGAUGGUAGGAAAAAGGUCAGCGAAACAGAUUUGUUUCGCAUGGGGUUGAGAGUGGGAGGAGACGAAGUGCUGGCAAUCAAAAAGCUCGCGGAUAGGCUCAGUGUGCUACUCGACUCGAGCUUGCAGAUGGAUGAGGUGGGCGAGGCCGAUUGGGGACUACUGACUGCCGAGCAAAGGAACGAGAUGCGACAAUUGCAUUUCCGUCGAGAGGCAGAUAGGCUCGAUCGUCUAAGAAAGCUCGGCAUCGACGUUUGA